CUUCCUGUUUCUGUUUCAACAUGGCUUCUUGUUGUUUAGCCCAAAUUAAGCAUUUGAUGCUAUAUAAUAUAUAAUUAACUCACUAAAUUACAUUACGCAUUUAUGUCGAGUUUCCGUAUAUGAAAAGAAACAUGAGAGCAAUGAUCUGAUUUACGUGGAAGAUGGAGAUCCCUGCUCAAUGGUCCUCUCAUGCUCAGCGAGUGCUGUCUUUGCUCAACAAACAGAGGGGUCUUGGCCACUUCUGCGAUGCCAUGCUGAACACAGCAAGUGGGCAGGUGCAUCUGGCCCAUCGCAAUGUUCUUGCCUGCUUCAGCCACUUGUUCCAGGAACCCAGUUCCUCACCGUGUAUACAGAUCGACCUGCCAUUAGAGUGCCCUGAUGAUGGACUUGAGCUACUGCUUCAUUUUUUUUACACUGGUGAACUCCAGUUAGACGACAGCAAUUUAGAAAAGAUUCAGAAUGCAGCUAGCGGACUGUCAGUGCCGGAUUCUCUCAUACCUUGCCAGGGUUUGCCAGGUGUAGAGACUUUGCAAUCACCUGCUGCCUUGAGUGAAGAUGAUGAAGCCAAACCGCUAUUUCCUCUCACAUCUGCAGACUCUCAGCCUGAUCCGACCCCAAAAGGAAAGACUAGAUCUUGGCAGAGGAUGAAAAAUAAACCUGAUGCAUGCAGGUUCGGUUCACCGGUCACAGCUAGCGAUGAUGACACCCCUACCUCGACGUCUACUACCACCACCCGCUCUGGAAGGCGUGUAAAAGGGCCCAAUCGACUAGUCGGGGAAAGUCCCAUGUCUGCUGUUACGAGGCAGGGAGCAGGAAGGAGAAAACCAUCAUCUUUAGAUGAUAAAGAGCAGGAGAUUGCUGCCACUGAGGAAGGAGAUCAUCUCAAACAUCAAGACAUGAGUGAGGCUGAGCAGGUGGAUGGAUCUGUUGAUAAUCAGAAUGAGGAUGAUGACGACAAUGACAAUGACGAUGAUGACUAUGACGGAGGUGAGAGUAUGGAUAUUCUUAACGAGGGAACCGAUGAAGAGUAUAUGCCUCAUGACUCACCCUGCUCAACCCCAAAGACUCCACGGGGAAAGCGCAAACUUAAAAGUACCAAUAAAGAGAAUGGAGAAGGAACAUCUAAAAACAGCAAGAAAGGCUCUGUCCAAUGUCCAACAUGCCACAAAACAUUCCUCAGCAAGUACUACUUGAAAGUACACAACAGGAGACAUACAGGGGAGAAGCCCUUUGAAUGUGCUAAAUGUGGGAAGUGCUACUAUAGGAAGGAAAACCUGCUGGAGCAUGAAGCCAGGAAUUGUCUUAGCAGAACAGAGGUGGUGUUUUCGUGUUCAAAAUGUACCAUGACCUUUAAAAAGCGACAUGAGCUGCGUCUUCACACAGUCACGCACACAGGAGAGAUGCCCAAUAAGUGCACAUCAUGCCCUGAGCAGUUCAUGCAGAAGAAAGAUCUCAGGAUCCACAUGAUUAAAAUUCACGGAGCUCCUAAACCACACGCAUGUUCAUUGUGUACCAAGUGUUUCCUAUCCCGCACUGAGCUACGUCUGCAUGAGGCAGCCAAACAUCGUGGUGAGAAACUGUUUGUGUGUGAGGAGUGUGGCCACCGGGCCUCCAGCCGCAACGGCCUGCAAAUGCACAUCAAAGCCAUUCACAGAAAUGAGCGUCCUUUUGUGUGUGAGUUCUGCAAUCAUGCUUUUACCCAGAAAGCCAAUCUGAACAUGCACCUGCGAACACAUACUGGAGAGAAACCUUUCCAGUGCCACCUCUGUGGCAAGACGUUUCGCACACAAGCGAGUCUGGACAAACACCACCGCACACACACAGGAGAGCGGCCAUUUAGUUGUGAGUUCUGUGAGCAACGCUUUACUGAGAAAGGUCCUCUAUUACGCCAUAUAGCCAGCAAACACCAAGAAGGCCGACCACACUUUUGCCACAUCUGCAACAAAACUUUUAAAGCCAUCGAGCAGCUCCGUGUUCAUGUACGACGUCACAAAGGCAUGAGAAAAUUUGAGUGUUCUGAAUGUGGUUACAAGUUCACCAGACAGGCACAUUUGCGACGACACUCUCAGAUCCACAACCGUGUGGAGAACUACAACCCCAGACAAAGACGGUUGCGUAACCUGAUCGUGGAGGAUGAGAAUGCAGCUGCCUCAUCCAGUCCUUCCAGCCAGACAGAGGUUCAGGCAGGACCAGCGGACAUGGUUAACCUGGUUAUCCAGCCAGAGACGGUCGUGGUGGAACAGGUCGUCUCAGCCUCUGCUGGAGGAACAGGAGGAGACCAGGCCACAUAUUCAGUGAAUGGUGAACAGACUGGGUUUGCUCUGACUGGAAGGACUGAUGGUGGAAUCGAGCAGACUCCGUUCACUGUAGCAGAUGUGAUGGAGCAGACACUGCUGGUGACCGACGCGUACCCCAUCCAUCAGUCCAGUGUGGUGGUGGAACUGCCCAGCACUGGAGCUGAUGGGAAAGUUUAAAUGGAGACUUUUUGACUCCAGAGCAGACAUGGGGGGGUGGAAUAUGUAUUAAAAGUCAUUGAGACAUGUCAAGCAUUGUAAAUAAACAGUAUUCUUGCAUGAAAUACAGGUAAGAAACUUUUGAUAU